CGCCGAAGUUACAGAGAGCGCGUCGCUGAUUGGCUGGAAGUUGCUGGCUCCUGGAAUAGCGUUCGUUGGUUUCCAUGGUGACCAGAGAGCUUUCUGAGUGUGGUUUCAUAGCGGAUCUAUUAGCACGGGCUGCGCCAGCAAUGCUCACCAGAGGGGAAGAUGUCGCCCAGGCGGUGGAGGGCUGUGGGGAGGGAGACCGGCUGAUCCAAGAGACACGGAGUGACGGGACCUGUGAGCACUGCCCAGAUAAAACGACAAAGCCAGAAACUGAGAACCAAGAGGGACAGAUCUGUCCACCAAAUACCAAAAAGGAGAAGGAGAGCGGACCCAGGAUAACUAAAAAGUUCCUGCGUGAUCUCUGCAAGCAACAUAAACUAUACAUCACUCCCUAUUUAAAUGACACAUUAUAUCUUCAUUACAAAGGGUUCAUGCAUAUAGAAAAUUUGGAGGAAUACACUGGUUUGAAGUGUCUUUGGCUAGAAUGUAACGGCCUGCAAAAGAUCGAAAAUCUGAAUGCACAGAAAGAGCUGAGAUGUCUCUUCUUGCAUCAAAAUAUUAUCAACAAAAUUGAGAACCUUGAAAACCUGCAAAAGCUUGACUCUCUUAACCUGUCAAAUAACUACAUCACGACGAUUGAAAACCUGUCGUGUCUUCCAGUUCUGUCCACGUUGCAAAUUGCCCACAACCAGCUGCAAACCAUAGAAGAUAUAGAGCACCUUCAGGAAUGCCCCUACAUCCGAGUCCUGGACCUAUCUCAUAAUAAACUGCAGGACCCUGCAAUUAUAAAUAUUCUGGAGAAAAUGCCAAACUUACAUGUACUGAACCUUUUAGGAAAUGAUGUUAUCAAGAGGAUUCCUAAUUACAGAAAGACGGUCACCGUCCAAUUAAAAGAAUUGACAUAUCUGGAUGAUAGGCCAGUCUUUCCAAAAGACAGAGCAUGCGCUGAAGCCUGGGCUAGAGGUGGUCGCGAAGCUGAAAAGGAAGAGAGAGAAAAAUGGGAAACCAGAGAACGGAAGAAGAUCCAAGACAGUCUUGACGCUUUAUCUGAGAUUAAGAGAAAAGCGGAGGAGAGAAGAAACCAGAAAGAUAUGGAGAAAGGGCCACUCCCCAAAGAGGACCAGGCAGGUUUGGAGGACCAAGAAAUCCUUUGCAGAAAUAAAGAGUCUAAAGCGAAGAUCAAGACAUUUGUGGAGGAUGCCUUUAGAGCCAAUGAAGAGCUUUGUGAAGAUACAAUAAGAGCAGACAGUACAUCAUUGCCUUCUGUGCUGAUCCAGACACAGCUUAAAGAUGAAGAGAAGGUGGAUGAGGUUCCACCUAGUGAAAAGACAGAAUGCGUAUCAGAGGACGAGGGAGAAAAUCAACAAAGAAAUAAUUCAAAACGUAACAAGGAAAUUUCAUGUUCUUUGGAUACACAGACCACACUCACCAAUGACAUUAUAAGUGAAGUGUCACAAGUUAAGAUGACCAGGGAAGGUGCCUUCACUACAGACCUCAAAGAUACAGAGGACAUUGAGACUAUUCACUUGGAUUCCACAUCUGCAAAACUUUAUAUUGAUGAUUUGCCAGAUUUGGAGGAAGUGGAUGUUGAUGAGCUCAUUACGAAUGACAACAUAAAAACUGACCAGAAAAUAUAUCGUCCAAAGAUCGAGGUGAUAUCUGGUGACAGUGACGAAAGUGACAAUGAAUGGGAAAAAGAGGUUGGAACUGUAGAGAUGAAUGAGGAUUUGCAUUCUACAGAAAAUGUGUUUAUUCAACAAAGGCAUGAUCAGCCAGUGAAUAUGAAUUGUCAAAAAGAACUUAUAUUUCCUAGUGAUGUGGACAGGAGUCUACAAAGAUCAUCAAGACCCCUAAUCGUGGAACUGGAUUCAGGGGAAAUAAAUGUGAAAGUUGAUGAAACAGAAAGUGGAAACGUAGAUGUGAGCUCAUCUGUAUUUUCAGAGGACAAAGGAGAGGUCAAGGUGGAAGUCGUUUCUUUACCCGUAGGGCUCAUGGAAGAGGAAGAAGAUAUUGAAUUUGGGUUGGACUGAAUAGUCUCUGGUUAUUUUUUAUAUGUCUGUUACUGGGAAACCAAAUUGUUACUAAACUGUACGUUUUAGAUAGAUUAAAGAGUAGAGAUUCUCAGCCCACUCCGGUAUUCGUUGAUAAUGCAGGGAAACCUCAUCCAUCAGAAAUGUAACUGUAACAAUGAUAUUAACCCACCAACAGUCCAGGUUUUAUCAGUAUCUCAUAGCAAUAAAACAGGGAAAUAUAUAAAUCCUGGAUUGUUGGUGGGCCAUGAGGACUGGUUUGGGAACCACUGUGUUGAUGUGAUUGAUUGCCAACUGCCUAGAUUAGUGAAAAUGCGGGUAUUAUUAAAGUGAAAUGACUCUCACACAAGAUACUUUACUCAGUUUUCCUGUUUGUGUAAAAGUUUUGCCUAACUUUGGGCAUUUAUUUAUCUAUUAAACUCGUUGUUUCAUUUGUGCUGGAACCU